GGGGGUUUGGGGUCAGUGACAGUGUCGGGAGGGGGGACACCGGCACCGGGGAGCCCCGAUGGUGGUUGUGGGGGUGAUGGUCGCAGCCGUGGGGUGAUGGCUUCAACCCGGACCAAGUGUCGACGGGAGCCCCAUCAGCUCCGGUUCUGCCCAGCGACGGGUGAUGCUGCCCCAGCCUCGCUGCUUACUGGUUCUUACUGGGACUCCCAGUCCCAGCACGGGGAAUCCAGUGCGUGCGGUUCCAUUGCUGGGGGGGAAUCCGCCGUGUGUGUGCGAUGGGGACUGGGGGUGCUCCGGGAGCUGGGACCAUGCUGGUGGCACUGGUGGCACUGGUGGCACUGGGAGCCCACCCGGCUCAUGGCGAGGAGAUGUCGAGGAUUUUCCAGUGGGUGUUUAAGCAUGAGUGUCACUUCCUCAAUGGCACCGAGCGGGUCAGGCUUCUGGAGAGGCGCAUCUACAACCGGGAGCAGUAUGCGCACUUCGACAGCGAUGUGGGGCACUAUGUGGGUGAUACCCCCGUGGGUGAGUUCCAAGCCAAGCACUACAACGACAAUUUGGAAUUUCUGGAGCAGAAACGGGCCGAGGUGGACACGGUCUGCCGGCACAACUAUGGGGUGGUGACCCCUUUCACCAUAGAUCGGAGAGUGACUCCGGAGGUCGAGAUCUUCCCGGUGCAGUCGAGUUCGGCGCCGCAGACCAACCGCUUGGCGUGUGCCGUGAUGGAUUUCUACCCCGCGCCCAUCGAGGUCCGAUGGUUCAAGAACGGCCAAGAGGAGAUAGAGCACGUCGUGUCCACCGACGUCAUCCAGAACGGCGACUGGACCUACCAAGUGCUGGUGAUGCUGGAAACCACCCCGCAGCGCGGUGACACCUACAUGUGCCACGUGGAACACGUCAGCCUCCAGCAGCCCAUCACCAGAUACUGGGAGGUGCCGGCGGAUGCCGCCAGGAGCAAGAUGCUGACGGGGGUCGGGGGCUUCGUGUUGGGGCUCAUCUUCACCGUGGUGGGGCUCAUCUUCUACAAGCGCAAGAAGGGCACUUACUUCCCCCCGCUGCAGGCCUCCUCCUGAACAACCUCCUGCCCCACUGCACAUGGCACCAACCAGCCUCUGCCCCCCAAGCGUUACCCCACAGCGACCCCCGGUGUCCCCAACGCUCCCCGUACCCCUCCCCAGCCCCACAGCUGUGACCCACAGCAGCUCCAGCUCUGCCGAAUAAAGUGGCCCAGACCUCUCCA